GAAAGUACGUCAUUUGCCAGUGCACUGCGGAAGAAACAAGAUGUCAUCAAUCAUCAAUAUGUAUGUAAGCAUACAAGUAAUGUUGCUACUCGUGUUAACAGCACAGCACAAAUGUUUGGGAUUUUACAUCAGGAAUAACGACGAGUCCCCAGCAAAUGUUGGUGCUACGUCUGAAAGUCGCAACAAUGAAUGGGGAAUUCUUCAAAAUAGGCUUGGACUAUCCCAUGAAAAAGUCGAGCUGCUCAAAUCGCAAAAGGAUCAGCAGGGCACAAAGAAGUUGCUUCAUCGAUUUAUUAUGGAAAACCCAAAGUACAUAAGUACUCCUGCAACAACUAAUAAAAAAAAACGGCCAAGUAACCAGUUUAAGCGACUUUUCCAAGCUUUGGCUAACAACUUUGACAGCUCGAAGAGUACGCUUAAAACAACUUUCAAAUUUGAGUUGACAGAUAGGCCUUUAAAGUCAUUAAAGCGUGGUCGUCGAAAGAUUGCCGUAAAUAUGGUGUCUGACAUGUCGUCUGAAGGAGUGGACCAACUACUUCAAAGUUUUUACCUGAAACACAAUAUCGAACAAUCAAAUUAUGACAACGACAAAGCUGAUCGAUCCUCUGAUAAUGGGGAUUACAGUGAUAUGGACAUACUACGAAGUGAACUAAUGGACACAGACUCCGACUAUGCGUAUGAUAACCUUUACGAAGAUGAAGGCGAUGUAGCGCUUACUGCCAAAUCCCAUCAAAAUUCGGAGUAUGGUUCUUUCCAAGAUUUAAUCCUACAGGCCAAACGAAACCAAUGGGAAACGGAAAAUGAGGAAACCAAGUUGCAUAGUCCCAUCAACGACCACUUUAUAUAAAAAAAAAAUAAAGCCAAAAAAAAUGCUUAUUAGCAGUGGUCUUAGGGGCUUUGCAAUAGAUGUUCAUAUGCUGGCAUUGAACCGGAACCUUAUUAUUAUUAUUGUAAACAUUUAACAGCUUUAACCGUGCCUUCACUGUGCACGGACUUAUUUAUAGAGACUUCAAAGUGACCUCGUUGUUAACAAUUUGAACUUGUUUGCUACCAUUAUGAUGCUUACACAAACAUUAAAUAUUAUUAUAAUUUAUUAUAGCUUAAAUUUAAAAUUAAUAAA